UGGCAUAGAGUGAUCAUUGGAGUUGGUUGUUAAGUACUGGCAGAAGAUGAAGAUGAAUCAGGAACAGACGUGGCCGCCUCCUGGCAGAUUUUAACCUGCUUAGCUCAGCUUAGACAGAAAGGAGAACCCAAAACAGCAAACAGCGUGCUGGACCAUGAAAAUAAAGUCUUUGGAUGUGGCAACCUGUUUGAAGUGGAGAUUAAAAGGUGGAAAGAUGCAUGGCCUUAAAAAUUCAGUAAAAGCUUGAAAUGAAUAUAAAGAUAGUGUACUAGGUGCUAACUGACUGGGAGACAAAAAUGCAAAAACAGUGAAAGCAAGAUUUUGAAUUAGAUGAAUUUGAAAGUGUAAUUGAAAAAUAGGGACUAAAUGUAACAGAAUUCAAUUAUAAGAUCAUAAGAUUUUCUUUGACAUGGACAGACACAAUGUUUAUCUGUAGCAGAUUUAGGUCGUAAAAUAACAGCUUUUGUUUUCUUUUACAGUCCUCGUGUCCCCUGAGAUCCUCCUACAUCUUUCUAGCCGUUACUCAAUAAUGUUGUUUAAUGUUUGAUUUCUUGUUGUUUGUUCUUUUAAUAAUUACAUUAAGAGCAACCUUAAGUGCGGAUUGUGUAAACUGCUUGUGGAUUCCUCCUUCUUUGUAUUUUCCUGUGUUCCUUCUUUAUUUUUCUGGUGCUGCUGCUGGAAUUGAAUAAAAAAUGAGAUAAAAGCAGCGUGGAGCUCCCAUUAAUCCCUUGCACUGAUUAUUAGAUUCAACUUCAGACACAAAGACAAAAAGUAAUGACAUCUAAAAUAUAUUGUGCUUUCAGCAACACAUUAUCUAUUGGACUGUCCUGCAAUUUAACUAAUGUGUUGUUAUUUCACAGGUAAUGAAGAGAAGCAGAGCUCAGAGCCUCUCAGAAUUGUCUUGCUAGGUAAGACUGGCAGUGGAAAGAGCUCUUCUGGAAACACCAUUCUAGGACGAAGAGCGUUCAAAGCUGAGAAUAACCCCAAAUCUGUCACCAAACAUUGUCAGAAAGAAUACGGUGAAGUGGACGGUCGUCCUGUUGUUGUGGUCGACACUCCUGGACUGUUUGAUAACAGUUUGUCACAUGAAGAGAUCAAUGAGGAGAUGCUGAAAUGUGUCAGUCUUCUGGCUCCAGGACCACACGUCUUCCUGCUGGUGUUAAAGACUGAGAGAAUCACACCAGAAGAGAAGGAAGCAUUAAAACUUAUCAAGGAAGGCUUUGGGAAGAAUUCAGAAAAAUUCACCAUCAUUCUUUUCACAAGAGGAGAUUCACUGGAACAUGAGGGGAAGUCCAUUCAUGAUUACAUUGCAAAAUCUGAUGAUUCCUUUAAGAAGCUGAUUGAUGAUUGUGGGCAGAGAUACCAGGUGUUUAAUAACUUAGAUGAACAAAACCGGAAACAAGUCACUGAGCUGAUAACAAAGAUCGAUGACAUGGUCAAAAGAAAUGGUGGAAGUUGCUUCACCAAUAAGAUGCUGCAAGAAGCUGAAGCUGCGAUCCAGAAAAAAACAGAGACGAUUCUGAAAGAGAAGGAGGAAGAAAUAAACAGAGAGAUGGAAGACCUUAAAAGACAACAUGAGGAGGAAAUGCAAGAAAUGAAGAAAAAAAUGGAAGAACAGAAAACAGAAAUUGAACAAGAAAGAAAACAAAGAGACAAAGAGCUUAAAAAAGUGAAGAAACAGCUUACCACAAGAAAGAGAGAACAAGAAUCAAGAGAUGAAGAAGACAGAGAGAAGAAAGAAGAGGAAGAAUCACAGCGUAGGGAUUGGGAACAAAGGUUUUUAGAUUUAGAAGUAAAAAUGAAAGAAGAACUGGAAUCAAAACAAAUCAUUGACAGACAACUGGAGCAGAGCAAAGCAGAAAUGAAAGAGAAACAGGAGGCAUGGGAGAAUGAACAAAAAGAGUGGUGGCAGAAAAGAGAGCAGGAAAAUGAAGUGAGGCAACAGGAGGAGCAGAAAAUGAUGAGCAAAUUGAAAGAAUAUGAGCAGGAAAAAGAAGUUCUUGAGAAAGAAGUAAAAGAAAAGGAUUUGAUGUUAACAGAAAAGGGGGAAAAAGAGAAAAGGGAACUGGAGGAAAACUAUGAGAAAAAACUGAUGGAAAUGAAGGAAACAUUUGAAGAAAAAGCCAGAAAACAAGCAGAGGAAUACAACGAAUUCAGGGAGAAAUGCAUGAAAGAGUUAGAGGGUAAGGACUGGACAGCCGAAGAUGAGCAAUAUGACAUCUUAAAAGCACUAAAAGCUGAGAAAGAAGAACAAAUGAAAAAACACAAAGAAGAGAUGAAUAACUUAGUGAGAUGUUUCACCAAAAAGAAGGCAAACACAAAAAGAGUCCGCAAGCUACUGAAAAAGCAUGAACAGGAAAUGAAGCAUGUGGACGAUCCAGAGGAAAAGGAGGACCUCGAGGAAAAACACGACAAAGAAAUAAAUGAACUGAUACAAGAACUUAUAAACAAAAGCAAUGAUGAUUGUCCUAUUAUUUAGUUUAUUGUAAAAGCAAGGCCAGACUUACCUGUGUCCAACACUUCUGCUCACACUGAAAGUCAACAAACACUGGAUAGAUUUUCAUGAAAUUUGGCUCAAACAUUCUGGGAAUCAAUCACAGCUCCAGUACAGAUUAAUUUAUAAGUUCAUGUAAACGUAAAAAUACAGAAAUUCAGGAUGGCGAAAUUGUGUAUGGGAUUUAAUGAUCGGCUCAGCUCUGCUCGAGCAGAUAAAAACACAAUGUAAGUUCUUAAUGUUUCUUAAUUUCUCAAAGACGUAUUGAUGGCUAUGUUUUUAUGGUGUAACACAUUCUCAGGGGUCUCAAUAACUGUAUAUUUCAUUGGUUCAUUUGCUUUAUAUACACUACGGGUCAAAGGAUUUAGAACACCCCAAUUUUUCUUAUUGAAAAUUGUGCAGUUUAAUAUCUCAUUGCACUCUGAAAUGAAAGCACAGUACAAAUAAGCAAUUGGAGGUGUUACAGCAAUUCCUGUAAAUGUAGCACUUGUAGGUUGCUUUGCUUUUA